AUGAGCGUCAAUCACUCUGAGCCUCCCAGUUACCUAUCCGCUGAUUGGAUUUUACCCGUCAGCUCGGCCGGUAUACUCCUUUGGUGCAUCAGCUACGUCCUCAUGAUCCGCGAGGGCAUCCGCACCAAAUCUUACACGAUGCCACUCUUCGCUCUGGCCAACAACUUCGCCUGGGAGAUAGUCUUCACACUUCAUUUCGCAGAUACUCCCAUCAAAACCUCUGCCUUCGUAGCGUGGGCUGUCAUAGACGUGGGCCUCGUCUGGCAGACACUGAAAUACGGCAAGUAUGAAUGGGAGCAUGCACCGCUUGUGCGAGACAACCUGGGGAAGAUAUUCUUGAUGCUUACGUGCUGGUGCACACUGGGACAUUGGCUCUUCCUCGACUGGUGGUUUAGCAGGUUCGGCGAUCCGACGGAGUGCAAGUUCUGGGAUGGAGGGCUCUCGCAGUUGUUCAUCUCGGUAUUGUCGCUUAAUCAGUUGAUUACGCGGGGGCAUACGGGUGCGAACUCGAUAGCUAUCUGGCUCACUCGGACCUUCGCAACGAUCCUCAUGCCCUACAUCCCACUCUUCUGGCGGACCUAUACAUGGCCGGAUAAAUAUUCCUAUGUCCAUAUGCCGCUGGGAGUCUACCUAUGGUUAACCGCGUUGGUUUGCGAUCUUCUCUAUGGCAUUCUGCUUGUCUACAUCAGCGGGAGGGAAAGAGUCUUGCCCGACGGCCGAAAGGUUUCUAUCUACGCUGGGCAUAAAAAAGCUGAAUAG